CUUUUUGUGAGAUUAUUUUUUUCCCCAAAUAUGCACAUUCCGAAGUGCAACCUGCAAAUCCUACAGAAAUGCAACAGUACGCAACGACGGCAUGAUAAGCAUGGAUAGAAUAUUACAGGAUAGAAUACUAGUCAAUGAUUAUUAUUCAUUUCACACACAGCAUGCUGCUCAACAUGACACGCGAUCGGUGCAACAGCAGAACAAUAAACAACGAAAGGAUGGAUACGACAGGAAAGAACAAUUAACAAAAGCCACAUUUACAAGAUAGAGUUGUUCUAGACUAGGGGGACAAAACGAAGGACUCCAGGUUCGCGUGCGGCUCCGUUUGCCGCCGCGAAUGCAAAACAUCGCCAGUAAAAUCUUCUUGUGUUCUUCGCUUCGCUGACCCGCUACAGGAAGUCACAGUAGUACAUCGUGUUCCUUCUGCGCUACCAGGACUGUACCGUGUUCCCCCGCGUGUCUUUUGUACUGCACCCGUUUUCAGCCCAAAAUAAAGACUCAUAUCCACUGUACUUUGUUUUUCCUCACACUUGUUUUGUUUAUGUCUAUCACCGUUAUCUUGCGCCCUCAUUGUUACUUAUUUUUUAGUUAGUAGGUGUUUAUGCAUAUUAUGUAACGUGUGCGCCAAUGUUUUUUGCACGUUUUAUUCGUUUUACAAACAGGUAUGUGCAAAAUUCGGUCUUCGGGUCAAUUUGUUUACUGUUCUCGUGCAGAGUUCAGGGAGGGGGCAAGCAGAGAUCCGCGGGCAGAAAUCCGCCGGCGGUCUAAUUUGCAUAAUAUAUUCCUACGUGUUUGGUGCGCGAUGUGACGUCAGCGCCCCGUAUAUAAGUCACCGCUUUCAGAAAUAGAAGCAGUCGGUGUAACAAACGCGUAGUGCUGCGGGUGUCUGUAUAAAGCAGCUUAACAGCCGUUCCCCAAAGUCUCUACAGAACACAACCAAAACAAAACCGUCUCUUAUCCGGUAGCACAACACACCGCAAACGUGGCGAGAAGCAUUAUCCAAACGGGUCUUGUCCUGAACAUGAGCACGGAGAUGUUCAAAUCGCCCAUGGAGGUGGCUGUCUACCAGCUUCACAACUACUCCAUCUCCUUCUUCUCGUCGCUGCUCGGAGGGGACGUGGUGUCUGUAAAACUCGACAACAGUGCCUCCGGCGCGAGCGUCGUAGCCAUUGACAACAAGAUAGAACAAGCAAUGGAUCUGGUGAAGAACCACCUGAUGUAUGCAGUCAGAGAGGAGGUGGAGAUCCUGAAGGAGCAAAUCAAGGAGCUGGCAGAGAAGAACAAUCAGCUGGAGCGUGAGAACAGCCUGCUGAAGAACCUGGCUAGCCCUGAACAGCUGGAGAAGUUCCAGUCCCGUUUGCCCUCAGAUGACACCCCGCUGCCGGAGAGCCCAUCGGAAGGCUCGGGCGAACAGGCAGCCUCUCGGAGUACAGGUUCUGCUGUGUAAGUGGCUCUGCCUUGGGGCGGGCAGAGCCACUGCUCUCAGCCGAACCAGACCUCCGAGUCGUACUGUCGCGUAGACGAACGCGACGACUGAAAGAUAGACAUUCCAAUGGCACAGCCUGUUUUCUGUUUUAAUGAGACAAUCUCUUAAGAUCGAAGUGCUAAAUGCACGGGCAGAGAGAGGUUACAUUGGGAUAGGGAGGAGGCCACAGGCUUACUCUUCUCUCCAGCCCCCACCCUAAGCUUGAUUAGGGGGGAAAGAGGGAAUAUGUGAUGGGGCUGGCCCUGAGACCUGACCUGGGGGCACCUGAUGCAGACAGUCUCUCAGAGCCUUGCCAAGGAAGCUGAAAUCUCCGGAGGGGAUGUCCUUCCACGUCCCUCGAGCAAGAGCCCCUGUGGAUUUCCCCUUACGGAAACAAGCUGCUUUUGACAUCAUAAUCCGUCAAGUCCGUACAGAACCGUUCCCUCCUCAUCGCUCUCCUGUCCCUAUUUGUGCUUUGUUUUUUCUUAAAAUCAAGAAAAGCAAAAACCUCCUGGAAAUGAUGGUCCAGGAGUGGGACUUGAGCUGAUCCAGUCAGCCUCACUGAUUACUCUGUGAUUUGUUGUAAAAACGCAUUGCUCGUGUGCUCUGCAGCGGGGGUCUUGCUGCUUAUGGGGGAAAUUUGUCUUGCUUUUUUUCAAUGUUUUCUGAAACGGCGCAAAGUGGAUUUGUCUUUAGGAGAGUUGUAAUACUGCCAUGACGUUAAGUAUGGAAGAACUUGCUACAAAUUUGCAUAGGUCUGUAAAUUUGUACAUAAAGUGAAGUAUUCAGAAUCACAGAGAUAGCGGUAACAGGUGUUUCUGCAUCAAGUGCACUCCUGUUUCAAGACUGACCCAGCAUUUCUUCCUAGUAGAAUUGAAGACACAAACUUGAAACUGAGGAGAAGGAGAGGUGUCCGACUGUUACCGGAGAGUAGGGAUCCAUUUUCAGCAGGAGAUGUUUUCUAGCUACCAAAGACUUAUAGCGUGGACUCUCAGACCAACUAGGACCAUGUGCAUAAAAUUUAUGCACAGGGUGAAGUCUUGUUAGCUAUUACAAAACAAGGGGUAUUUCUGUAUUGUGUCCAUGGGACAAGACUGCAGGUAUUCACAAUGAUGUAUGAAUACAAAAUGCACAUUGCAAUAAACUGUAUGUUUACACAAA